AUCUUGUCUAAAUGUCUAGAAUGUAGUGAUUUUGCUAGGUAUCACUAGGUAGGUACUUUGCUGUUUGAGACUGCCUGGAAACAACGAUCAAAACGUAAAUAAUGAAAAAAAAAUCAAUAACUUUGGAGGUUGACCCGACGAUAUUGGAGAAAAAUAUGCGAAUUCUUGAGGAUUCUCCCAUGGAGGAAGAGUUAAACAAAUUGUUUGCCCCAACUGAUGCAAUACCAUGUAAAAUUGUUAAGCCAACUCCAGGCUUUUGUGUGAAAACAUUUACUAAACCAGAUAACAAAAAAAUGUUUCUUAAUGUGUGUGUGACCGAUGCUAUUCCUUCUCCUAGAGACAUAACUAAUGAGGAACUCAUGCAAAUUCUGAGCUCAGAAGACCCAUCUAGCUAUAGAGUACCUAUGAGUAUUGGUGAAGGAAGAAUGGAGCCAGAUAAUUCUGGUGUUCCUGCCACUGUGUAUGAUGUAGCUGUGAACCCAGUAUUUUUCUCAAAAAUUGAAAAGGAUGACCUGUUUAAAACAUUCUUUUUAACUGUAGUCUUUGAGGGUUUGCAAGAUAAAUACCAGUUUGAAAUUGAUAUGCAAAAGUUUACUGUUCUUAAGAAUAAGAAAUCACUUGGAACAUUACAAUCUCACAGAAUUCAGAUUAGAGAUGUGAAAAAAUGUGAAGAAAGUACCAAACCACUUAUUGAAGAAAUUAAUAAGACACUGCCCAAAGAAAAUUUAAAUAAGGAAAUUGAUUAUAGACUCAGACGUGAGCCACCAACAGGAGAAAUAGAGUAUUUGUUAGCUGAAUUUAAAAUACCAGACUCAGUAGAUGUACAAGAUCUCAAUUUAGAAGUGGGUGAAGACAGAGUUGUAUUAGAAUCUAAAGGUAUCUAUAAUCCUGUUGAUUUCUUUUUGCCCUGCAGUGUUGAUCAAGAUGUUAUUGAUGCUAAACUGGAUCGGAACUUUAAUAUGCUGUCCGUUAAAAUGCCGGUUAUACAUUAAGUAUUGUCUACAACACUAUGAUAUAUUCAUUCUUCAUUUAUAUUACUGAUGAAACAAGAAAUAAAAUAACUGUAUAAGAAAAA